UCUUUGAGUAGCCUAGGCUACAGCAGGUGGAGCUAGAUUACUUCUCUACUUGGUUUUGGGGAUGAAAUUUCACAAAGUAAAAAAAACAUGCCAGAGCACUCCGAAAGGAACUCUCGGGGAAAGGGCUGACCGAUAGAGCGAGAGAGGGCGAGCGAGCGAGCGAGAUAGAGAGACUUCGUCGUUUGAGGCCGUGUCCGACGCAGCGCUGCAUUUGAAUGAUGUCUAUCUUUUCGUCACCUUCCGCAAAUGGACAGAUGGACAAGUUCGUCUCCCCAUCAUGUGGAUCAGCAUCAUAGAGCGCCAAACGCAGACCAAGGUCUAUUGCGAGUAGGCUUCCAGUACGCUGUGAUUAUUCAUCGUAGGAGUGUCUUCUGAAGAACUCUGGCGCACAGACCUCUGGACAUCAAACUAAAAUUGGAUCUGUUCCGGUCGCCUUCUCACAUGACAUCAGGAAUGCUACCCCAUAGUGAAGUGAAGACUGAUGCACACGGAAAUGCAGUAGCCUAAGACGACGGAUGUUGAAGUAGGAAGCAGCCGUGUGUUCGGACCUCAGGUUUUGGCUGCCAUGGAUCUGCGCGUGACUCAGCGUCGCUCGGGCGGCGAGGCGGCCAUGCUGUCGCCCCUCAUCUACAGCCCCUUCAGCAGCCCGCCCUGCAACCAGUACGCAGCUCAGCAGCACCUGCAGUUCAGCAGACAGCGCUGGAGCGAGAGGGAGCGCGAGCGGGAGCAGGAGCAGGAGCAGGAGCAGCUGCAGCAGAUCCGCCACAAAGACCCCAGCAAGCAGAGCGCGGUGGCCAGUGCGGUGGUAAAGCAGAAGCUGCAGCAGAAGAUCCUCCAGAAGCAGGCGGCCCUGGAGAGGACCAGCUCAGCCCCACUUAGCACCCCACCCCGGGGGUACAGGGAGCUGGUGCCAGACCCUGAGAUGCCACCCAAGUGCCACCUGGUGAGCCCCCCUGUCCCCCAGCAGUCUGAGUACAGGAAGGAGAGGACUCUCAGGAGGACAGCCUCUGAACCCAUCCUAAAAGUGAAGACCAAAGUGAGGAAGCCCAGCCCGAGGCAGAAUCCCUUAAGAAGCAAACACAGACACACAGACGGCCUGGCUGAUUCAUCUCCCAGCAGCAGUAGUACUCCGGUCUCUGACUGCAGCUCGUCCAAUGACAGUCUUCCUGACAGAGUGCUGCCUCUCCCCACCCAGUUGCCCCCAGAGGAGAUCAGUGGCAUUCUGUCCUCUCGCCUGCAGCCUGUGCUCAUUCUGGAGCCCUCGGGCCUGGUGCACACACAGUUCAUCACAGUACCCACUCUGGCGUCGGUGCCGCUGCAGUACCCGCCGCUGAUGGACCGCCACGUGCAGCCCAGCACCCACAAGCAGCUGGGCCGGACCCGCUCAGAGCCACUGCCGCCCGCACACACCUCUGGCCACCCCCACGCUCUCCUCAUGCACCAGCGCAAGCCCCUGGAGAGACUCCCGCAGCACUCCCCCCUCAGCCAGUUGUUCCUGAAGCCCCGACUGAAGCAGAUCUUGUCGGAGGAUCUGGACCCGGAGGAGGAGGAGGAGGAGGAAGAGUGCGAGGAGCAGAGUGCAAAGAGGGAGCAGCGUGAGCGCGAGAGGGAGCGCGAACGGGAGGCCAUCCGCGAGAGGGAGGUGGUCUACCGGCGAGUGGAGCCGCCCAGCAUCACCAUGGAGGAGAGCCAGAGGGAGCACAUCAGCCUGCAGAACUCCAUCAUGAGACAGAGGCAGCUCUCUACGCUGGCCAUGCCAGUCCCCGUGCUGCCCAGUGGCACCCACCGUCCCCUGAGUCGUGCCCAGUCGUCGCCGGCCUCCACGUCCUACUCCGUGCCUGACACCACCGUGCCCUCUCCGGUCACCACGGAGACGGCCAGUAAACUGCGCUACACCACUGGGCUGGUUUAUGACUCACAGAUGCUGAAGCACCAGUGUACCUGCGGUGAUAACAGCUCUCACCCCGAGCAUGCUGGGAGGAUCCAGAGUAUUUGGUCUAGACUGCAGGAGCGAGGCCUCCGCAGCCAGUGUGAGACUAUUCGAGGCAGGAAAGCAACACUGGAGGAGUUGCAGUCGGUCCACUCAGAGAAGCAUGUGCUCGUGUACGGCACCAACCCUCUCAACCGCCUUAAACUGGACCGCUGCAAAAUCACAGGAAUAUUAUCACGGAGGAGGUUUGUGAUGCUGCCCUGUGGAGGAUUUGGGGUGGACUCGGAUACGGUGUGGAACGAGAUGCACACGUCGACAGCGUCACGGAUGGCCGUGGGCAGUGUGACCGACCUUGCCCUCAAGGUGGCCCAGGGUGAACUCAGGAAUGGAUUUGCUGUGGUGAGGCCUCCUGGACACCAUGCGACUCACUCGGAACCCAUGGGGUUUUGUUUUUUCAACUCUGUGGCAAUUGCAGCAAAGCAGCUCCAGCAGAGACUGAAUGUCAGCAAGAUUCUCAUUGUGGACUGGGAUGUCCACCAUGGCAAUGGCACCCAGGAGAUCUUCUACAAUGACCCCAGCAUCCUGUACAUCUCCCUGCAUCGCUACGACGAUCGGACCUUCUUCCCUGGCAGCGGAGCGCCAGAGGAGGUGGGGAUGGGGGCAGGCGAGGGCUUUAACGUGAACGUAGCCUGGACUGGCGGGCUCAACCCACCCAUGGGUGACGCUGAAUACCUGGCAGCUUUCAGGACGGUGGUGAUGCCCAUUGCCCACGAGUUCUCUCCUGACAUGGUGCUGGUGUCGUCCGGCUUCGACGCUGUGGAGGGCCAUACAGCAGCCCUGGGGGGCUACCGCGUGUCCGCUAAGUGCUUUGGCUUUCUGACCCGGAAGUUGAUGGAGCUGGCCGGGGGUCGCGUGGUCCUGGCUCUGGAGGGCGGUCAUGACCUCACGGCCAUCUGCGACGCAUCUGAGGCCUGCGUCAGCACCCUGCUCGGCAACGAGACCGAGUCCCUCUCUCAGGACGUCCUGCAGCAGAGGCCCUGUGCUAACGGGGUGCGCUCCCUGCAGCGCGUCGUCCAGGUCCACAGGCAGUACUGGCGCUCUGUAAAUGCGCUGGCCCACACGGUGGACAUGUCCUACCUGCAGGCCCAGAGGCGUGACUCUGCCAGUGACGCCGUCUCUGCCCUCGCCUCUCUCACCAUGGGCGUCCACAGCAACAGCAGUUCCGCUCCGCGUGAGUACAUGGGACACGACACAGACCACUCCAUGUAGGAGGCAGCCGACUGUCUCUCCCGUACCCCCAGGAUGCCCCCGUCUACUGAUGCCUUUUCUCUCCUUAUCAGGGGCCUUUCCUACAGGGAGACCUGCGCUCAGCUCAAUGUCCUUCAGUGCCUUUGCUAUCUGCUAUCCGCUAUAUAAGCUUUAAAACGAGCAAUGACAAAGAAGAUUGAAUCAGCAAUAUGGGAUUCUUUUUUUUUUAAAUGACAUGGGGACACUCUGUUUUCAUGUUGAAUAUUGUGAAACUCAAGAAUUCUUUCUAUGCUACUCUUGCGACACUUGUUCACUCCUUCAGCAUUGACUCUUUGAUAUUGGUAGUCUUCAGAUGACCAUAUAAGUCCAUAUAUAGUUGGGUUGUAGUCUGUAGCCUCUUGAUUACAGGGGGAUGGCAGGAUACGUGGGAUCGUUGGGGUUAAAGGUGAUGCCCUUUGCUAUGACAGAUGUUCCCCCGUUGGGUGGUCUACACAAGGUCCAGAGAUCUGGGCUGAUUUUGUGGCAAGUUCUUCUUUCACUGCGAAGGUGCUUUACAACAACAACAACAACAACAACAACUUGCAUUUAUACAACGCUUUAUCAAGGCAGCCAAAGCACCCUACAGUGAAGAGGGGAACCUCACUAACCAGCACCACCAAGAGGGGCUUUUCUCCCCAGGACUGAGUUCUCCCACCACCGAAGAGGGUAGUGCAGGCGGAGCACAUGGAUGGCUUCGAGCAGUUUGGCUAAACGCUCGUCAUCUGACCAGCACGGUGCUGUGAGGGUAGGAAGAAGUGCUACAGUGGCAUGACCAGUUUUGAAGUAAACCAAAGAAGGAAGUGCCAGUGUGCUGGAUCCCAGUGCCACACACAGUGCCUUCCUCACUGUGAAGUGAAGAAAAUAUAUUUUUUUUCUUUCUUUUGAAAAAAAGUGAAACCAUUUUCUUUGAGCACUGUGUUGAAGUUUUGUUAUACUGUCCUGGGGUUGUUUUGUGGAGUUAACCCUGAUGUAAGACAUGAAGCAUUUUUUAUUAGGUAGAGUUUAUGAAGGAAUUUUCCAGAAAGCAUUCAGGAAGUAAACAAAAAUAGACGUUCCUGUUCAUACCGAGUUGUUAGUUUAAGCUAUGCCUUUUAGUCAUUCCUUUUUUUCUCAAAAACCAAAACACACGGCUGUCUUUAAGAAUUAUUCCUCAAAAACAAGAGACCUCUGUAACUUCUUUUUCCAAUUCAUUGUAACUCUGCUGCCAGUGAUUUUGAAUUUCAAGUUCAGUUAAGUACAGCAUGAAACAGGCAGGCAGAAAAAAAGCCACUCAAAAAGUGAGACCAGCUUGAGAUGCUUGCAUUACAAUGACAUGCUGGACUUCAUAGGAUUCUGUCCACUGACGAAAAUGCACUCCAGUUGUCUGUAGCAUAAAAAAAUCCUGCCGUAUGUGUCUUUGUACAAUUUUGUACAACCUGUUCCUUUUUUAGACAAAUCUUGUUUCAAUGUUAUAUUUCACCCACGAAGACCAGUGUUUUAACCUGUGGACGUAUAUGCCUACUAUGUUACAGUAUGUACCUAUUUUAGGCUGCAUUCCUUUACUAUAUAUAUAUAUAUAUAUGUAUAUAUAUAUAUACAUAUAAUAUAUAUAUAUAUAUAUAUAUAUAUAUAUAUAUAUAUAUAUAUAUAUAUAUAUAUAUAUAUGUAUAUACUGUAUAUAUAUUAUAUAUUUUUUUUUCUACAAGACCAGUGAGCAAUGUGAGCCUCACAGCCUAUAAGUGUGUGUACUGAAGGUUGUUUUAAAGUAUAUAUUUAUAUAGAGUUUCCAUUUGUGGACCAAUGAGUGCUUUUUGAUACUGUUUCUGUUUUCUGUCUGCAUGUUGUGUGAUGUGUGCUUUGCCUAAGUGUUGGGUUCAGUGCUAGUUUAGCUCCUGUUACAAAGCAUAUUUAGACCUUAAGGCCUUAAUGACAUACUCCUCAGAUGCAGGACAGUUUAUGAGACAUUGUAGCUGUUGAACAGUCUCUCAUUUCAUCUAUGAGAUGACAGCCGCUCGACAUUCUCCAGUUGCCUCGUUUGACAGUGUCUCGUCGCAAGAUGUUAGGGUGUCCUCGGGCAUGUCCUUGGCUUUAUUCCGUCCUUGCUCUUGUGCAGCCAAUGAUGACACAAUGAGAUGGCUUGGUUGCUUUUGUUCCUGACCCAGGGUCGGUCAGCAACAUCAGAGGGAGAAAGAGAGAGCGCGUGCGUGCGGGAGAGAGAGCUCGCCGGGGACGAGGCAUCAUCUGGAACCGUUAUGAGUCGGAAUCGGCGGUUCUUUUUGGAAUCAUAAAAGAGGGAGAGGGGUCUGAGAGGGCUCUGUUCCCCCGUUUGAAUUCCAGGAACGUAGCGAUGGAAUUAACCCUGAACGUCGUCUCACCUUCCCAAGGCUUUUCAUUUUUCUCCCCCCCCCCCCCCCCCCUAAUCGAAUCUCUUCUGGCUCUCUGAGGCCAGGCCUAAGCUGCACUCCCAGCACCUGAAUGGAACUUGACGUCUUGCACAUUUUGUUUGCAUUGAUCUCUGUGCUCUGAUGUGGCUGAUACUCAAGUUACGUUCCUAGCAGGAAUGCCCCCUCCCCCCUUUAGCGCCAAAACUGAUCAUUAGAUUUUUAUAUCUCAAAAAAGCAUCUUUUAAAAAAUGUCCUACUAAUAAUGAAAUAUCUCCAUGAACACAUUCAUUGUGACUAUUGUGAAAGGUGCUAUCAUGUGCACUGGAAGCUUCUCGCCUCCCAUAUGUCUUAUAGCUGUGCGGCACAUGACUUCAUGGUGCUUUUCAGGAACCCAAGCAAUGAAUGUCUUAUUACAUUAGUCUAAUACUGAGUAAAUGUUUUAUAUUUGCUUCUAAAAUAGUAAAACAAACUGAAUGUGCUCAGCACAGUCUCAGACAAAAGAGUCUAUUUUUCCGCCUAGUCCUUGUUUAUCGGUGAGUUUCUCUGGAUCUAGCACUGAGAGGCAGCUUUCUGGAUCAAAUGUCCUUGGAAUCUCGAUUUAAGAAUAUAAUUCCCUGAUUAGAAACAAAUAAAAAUGAAAUAGUAGCACUUUCCUUAUUGUGGUAAAGAUGCCCUUGUGCAUACUGUAUGUUUUAUUUUUCCCUUGUCUUAUGUUUGUGUAUAGUAUAUUUUUGUGCGUGUGAUUGUUUGUUCAUGGUGUGUAUUGGUCAUGUUGACGUGCUGCACAUGUUGUUAAAGAAAACCCAGCCAUGCAGGCUCAGACCAUCUCGCCUGUGAGUGAGUGAGUGUGUGUGUUUCUGUGUGAGAAAGAGAAAGAGAGAGUGUGUGUUUGCAUGUCUCAUAUCUAAAAUGUGUGUGUCUUGAUAAAUGCUCUUGUUUUGAUCUUGGCUAGAAUUGUAGAUAGCUCAAGGAGACCAAAAGCGCCACCAUGUGCAUCAAAUCAAGCUGACAAACCUGUGUAAAGGUAGCCUUAAAAAAAACUGGAAGAUUUCGCUUUGAAAAAAAAAAAAGCUUUCUGAGAGCUUUCUGAGACAAAAGAAUGAUAUCUUUUAACUUUUUUCAUGUUAUUGGACGUAUCCAAUGUAUUUGUACAGGUGAGAAUGACUAUACAUUUUAUACUGUUUUCUACUAAUUUCCUUCAUUAAAAAGACACCCAUGUUUGUCCCUGA